AUGGACCAGGGAGCCCAUGACAGAGAUGAGGAAGCCAUGUUUGCAGAUGAGGAGGCCAUCUUGACGGCCGAAAUGGACCAGGAAGCACCUCGCAGAGAGGAGGAAAACAUCUUUGCACAGGAGGAGGCCAUCUUGACGGCCGAAGAAAAGGCCGAAGAGGAAGUUUGGGCUCGGGCUGAUGAAGAGGAAGCCCAUCGCCCAGAGGAGGAAGCCGAGAAGGUCGAAGACGAGGCCGCAGAGGAAGCCCGUGGCCGAAAGGAGGCUGGCCCUCAGAAUGCUGCCGCUUCCAGCAGCCUGCCUGCUCCCAGUGCCGGUAUCAAGUUCCCUGCGCUUCAGAGGUUCAUGUACGAGGCCCAGAUGUUCCUUUCGGGCGUCUCCGUCGUCUGCAGCACUUACACCAUGGUUAUGUUCCUGCUCUGCAAGAUCUACACGGUCAUGGCGUUGGGCAUGUACAAGGAUGUUUCCUACGAUCUGUUCCAGCAAGACACGGCCAGGUUUCGUCUUCGCGCUUUCUGGAGCCUCAUUAUCGCCAUGCACAGCUUCCUCGUUUCCUUCGCCAUGAACAUCUUUACGCGAGUGAAAGGCAAGAGGGGCCUUUUCCUCUGCGUGGCGACCAUGAUGGGGAUCGCUCCAGUCGUCUAUGACUGGAAGAUCAUCUAUGAGGUCGCAGAGAAAUACGACUGGUCAUGCACCUUCAAGUAUGCCUAUCUGCCAGGCGCCAAUGAAGACUUGCUGCGAGCUCUGCGAGAAAAGAGAUUUGCUUUGACUGUUACAUUCAGCUUGAGCGACAUCCUAGUAGCAGUCGCAGUUCCUGCCACCCUGAUGCUCAUGAACGUGGCCAUGACGAGCCUUGCUGGGCCAAGGUCGGAGGUGCUCUCCGUGCACUCGGAGGGAGCUGCGCCGCAGGACCUAGAGGCUGCCCUGGCAAACUGGAACAUCGGCCUGGACGAUGCUGGCGCCGGUGCCUUUGCUGGCCCCUUGCGCUUCGACAACGCGGAUCCGGGAGGCUGCCACCCUCCGCCAAGCGUCUUCGGCGGAUUCCUGGCCCUCGUAGAUUCUUCGCUGGUUUGUGACGAUCCCGUAAAGACAGUGGAUCGCUUGGCGCAGGCAGGCGCCAGCGGGGUUGUUUUUCUGCACUCGGCAGAUGGCAUCGCCCCCCUGGCCUUGGGUGAUCGCCCCACGCCGGAGAUCAGGGCGGUGGUCAUCGAGCGUUCGCCGGGGUUGGCUCUGGCAGAACGGCUUAUGAGAGACGAGGUUUUGGAGGUGGAGCUCUUUAAGGGCAAGUUGAUCUCGGAGGAGGCUUAUGAGGAGCAGUUCAUCUUCCGUGUGGAUGAGUUUCUCGCCACACGAAAGCAAAACUUCCUUUGGCACCGGCACCCGGAGAUGCUCCGGAGCAACGGACAAGAGCCACUGAGCUCUCGGCUGAUGCGAAGCGGUCUCGAGGUUCCGGCUGACUGGUUCUCGAAGCCUCCCGGCGUUGUGCCGUUGUUCAAUCCUUCUCUGCUGAGCUUGGAGGAUGGAUCGAUCUUGGCGGUGAUGCGCAUGUCUAAUGGGCCUGGCUGCCCGAGCUUGCGAGUGUCCAGGGAGUCCUGCAUGGACACCAGGAUCUUCCACAAUGCGCUGGUCCUAGCGCAGCUGGAUUCGAACCUGACUGUGCAGAGCCAUGUCGUGGUGGACGUACCAGAGCUGACAUGCCGCUUCACUCCGGACGUGGAGGUCAGCGGGCGCCGCUUCCUCGACGAGGUGCACGGCCCCAUGGACGCGCGCAUCGGCAAAGGCGCAGACGGCGAAAUGUGGAUCUUCUUCUAUGCUGAGCGCAACGGUGAGAACAACGAGGCCUUGCGUGGCAUGCAUGCAGCACCUCUGCGCGUAAGCUGGCGAGCCUGCAGACCUGGCUGGACUUUUCAUCGAGAUGGAGCCUUUUCUUCGGAAGACUGCCCGUGGAAAGGGUCUGGUGACAGCAGAUCUAUCCAGACUUGCCGGAGUUCCUGCGAUGCUGCCGGGGACUGCAACGCGGUCAGCUACAAACCCGAAGAUCCAGGAAGCAGCCUGGGGGGCAGCUGCGAGCUGCGGUACUGCCAGGAAGGCUUGACGCAAGGUACGAAGAACAGCCCUGCCGUCAUAGAAAUGCCAAAAUGGCAAGCUUGGCUGCGAAGGCCCCAGGUGCAGCGUUGGCGGCGCUCGCCCGCAUGCACUGGAGGCUGGCUGGGGAAUGGUGAUGCCACGAAUCUGCCAACCUGCAGGCGGAGCUGCGAGGAGCUUGGAGCUUGCAACGCCAUCCUUUUCUCGUCUGGAAUGCGUCUUUGCGUGCUGCAGCGCUGCAGCGAACCAAGCAAGGACGCGGCAGAAGGCUGGGAAGCCUGGCGCUUACAAGCUGCCGAAGGCGGAGGCAAGAAAUGUUUGGGGAGCGCCCGGCUACAGGCGACCGAGCUGAUCGUUUUUCCCUCGGCGUCUGGAGUGGAGAAGAACUGGAACCUCAUCCACGGUGAUCGGGAUCGCUUGUACAUCGAGUACUUCAUCGAACCGCACAUAGUGAUCGAAGCGAAGCUUCAGCGCGCAGAUGGCCUGCCAGGCCUGCAGCUAGCAAGCUUCGAGGAGCGCUUCGUUUCGCGCUGGCCCUAUGAGGUGCUGCAUGGAGUCACCAACGUGCGAGGUGGCUUUUGUUGCCUUUCGUUGCCGUCUGCGAUGCGGGAGCACGUCGCCUCCGACGAUGUCUGGGCCACAGAGAAUCUGGAGACUUUACCCAGUCUUCCUGAAGGCAAUCUUCUCCUGGGCGCUGGUCACCUGCAGCGCAUCCGGCAACCUUUCGACCAGGCUCCGGGUGACGUCAGCCGUUUCCGGCGGCAAGCCAAGAGUCGCACCUACCACCAGUUCUUCUACCUGCUCCGGGCCACGGAGCCCUUCGACGUAGUGGCCGUGUCGCCGGAAUGGUGCAUCACCAUCAACGGCCGCUUCAGCCAGCAUUGGGCCCAGGUGCUCCAACCCGGUGAGGAGGCGUGCGAGUCGAUCCAGUUUGUCUCCGGGCUCACGCUGCGGGGAGAUGAGGUCGUCGUGGCCUAUGGGAUCAACGACUGCGAGUCGGACCUGCUGGUGAUCCCGGCGGCGACUGUGCUUGGCAUGUUGCGGCCAGUGGAAUCGGACCUGAAUGUUUCACUGGACGACAUUGAGAUGCUUUGA